AUGUCUACUUCUGGUACUACUGAGUCUUCGGACGCUCCUGUUGUCCCUAGAGACGUCAGGCUUCUUCACCUUAUUUUCGCUACGCAGGGUAUCCAGAAUUACCACGACCAUGUGCCUCUACAGCUUAUGGAUUUCGCCCAUAGAUACACAACGUCUGUGCUUAAAGAUGCUGUGGCGUAUAGUGACCACGCUAAGAAUAAUGCCAAUACUACCAGUUCUACGAGUACAGUGAACACUGACGAUAUCAGGUUGGCGAUUGCUGCGAGAACGAACUACCAGUUCAAGCCUACGCCGCCUAAGGAGCUUAUGUUGGAAUUAGCACAUGAGAGAAACUCAAAACCGCUUCCGCCUGUGAUUCCAAAAUGGGGCCUCAAUUUGCCUCCAGAGAAGUACUGUCUUACUGCUAGAGACUGGGAGAGUCUUGAAGAGGAGGCUGCCGAGACCGAGACUCUGAAGAGAAGAAAGCAGUAA